UGUAAACCUUUCUAGCAAGGGCGAUAUUGCGCGUGCCCGUGACUCUUUCGCCAUAGAAAACAAGCUCUAGCGCGGCUUCCAUUAUAGCCGAAGGUACAGACUUCGGGGAUAGCUGAAUAUAAACCGGAUAAAACACCACUAAACAUGGAUUUACAGCGAGUAUAGGAUUAGUUGAGACUCGGGCCUGCUUGGGGGCCGUGAGACGGCAGGACACUUGUGAAACCGACGAAAUAGAGCUGGAGUUUUUUUUCUCGGGGUGCUUUGUCUUGGCCACCUAGCAAACCAUCAUCAUUGUCAUUCGAUUGGAAGCUAUUUGGAUAGUAGUGUUUGCUAGCUGGGAGCUGGUAUACAUCGCCAUGUUGUUAUCAAAUGGUGACUGUUAAAAAUACCAGUCUUGAACCAAAGGCGGAAAUUUAGUCCACCAGGUCCUACCGUUUUGCCACGGGAGCCCGAAUCUCCGCACUCGCGAAACCCAUCGAACUGACUGUUGUCGUCGGCGAGAUGGCGGAGCAAGGGUACUCUUCUUGGGCGUACUCCCUUGUUGACUCCAGCCAGGUGUCUACCUUCCUCAUCUCCAUCCUCCUCAUCGUCUAUGGCAGCUUCAGAUCAUUAAACAUGGACUGUGAGAACCAAGAGAAGGAUAAGGAUGGUAACCCUGUCACCAAUGGGGCCUUCAACAAUGGCAACACAAACAACAGUGAGUCUCACAUAUUUGGUAUUCAGACCAUAGACUCCACGCAGGCGCUGUUUCUGCCAAUAGGGGCCUCUGUGUCUCUGCUCGUUAUGUUCUUCUUCUUCGAUUCUGUCCAGGUGGUCUUCACCAUUUGCACAGCAGUUCUUGCGACGAUUGCUUUUGCAUUCCUCCUGUUGCCAAUGUGCCAGUACUUGACCAGACCCUGCUCCCCACAAAACAAGAUCUCGUUCGGCUGCUGUGGGCGCUUCACUCUGGCCGAACUCCUCUCAUUCUCCCUGUCUGUCAUGCUGGUACUCAUUUGGGUGCUGACUGGACACUGGCUCCUCAUGGACGCUCUUGCCAUGGGCCUGUGUGUGGCCAUGAUAGCCUUUGUGCGACUGCCCAGUUUGAAGGUGUCUUGCCUGCUGUUGUCAGGGCUACUCAUCUAUGAUGUGUUUUGGGUGUUCUUCUCAGCCUACAUAUUCAACAGCAACGUGAUGGUGAAGGUGGCCACCCAGCCUGCUGAUAACCCUUUAGACGUACUGUCCAGGAAGCUUCACCUGGGCCCCGGGAUGGGCCGCGACGUCCCCCGUCUGUCCCUUCCUGGCAAGCUGGUCUUCCCCAGUUCCACAGGCAGUCACUUCUCCAUGCUGGGGAUUGGGGACAUUGUGAUGCCGGGGCUGCUGCUGUGCUUUGUGCUGCGCUACGACAACUACAAGAAGCAGGCCAGCGGGGAGGCUGUUGGGCCGGGUACUCCCGGACGCAUGCAGCGCGUCUCCUACUUCCACUGCACUCUAAUCGGAUACUUUGUGGGCCUGCUGACUGCCACCGUGGCCUCCCGGAUCCACCGUGCUGCUCAGCCUGCCCUGCUCUACCUGGUGCCCUUCACCCUGCUGCCUCUCCUCACCAUGGCCUACCUGAAGGGAGAUCUGCGGCGCAUGUGGUCAGAGCCUUUCCACACAAAGGCCAGCAGCUCUCGUUUCCUGGAGGUAUGAUGCACCCUGGGAACACACAACCAGCGCGCGGAGGACCAGGGACACCUGGCCCUGUGAGAGGGAGACACUGAAGAGAGGCCUUGCCUUCAUCACCACGACUCAUUGACACUUCCCACCCAUCCCGUGAGCAGCACACCUCCCAUAUGGACACCAGUGUGCGGACAUCAUUGCCAGGCACAACUCCUCUUCUGUUUUACUCUCCCUCUCUCCGUUUCCUCUUUCUGCCCCCUCCUUACCAUGGCCCAUUCCAUUUUACCAGGCCUCUCUUUCUCCGUGUUUCUUUUUCUGUCUCUCUUUCUGUCUUUCCUCACUGGCGCCCCCUCCAUCCGUGCAUCUCCCUGACUCUGCUGGACAUCAAAGCCAGGCAUCCCCAUAUAUGGACUACUGGUUGUGGGACGUGACUGGGUUGUUUUUUUGCAUCUUCAUCAUUGCGGUUAUUGUUCUUAUUAUUCUGGAAUGAAACGCGGAGGAAAACAGGAGAUUGGGCGGAACUGCUGCUGCCACGACGACGAGGGCACAGGACAGUGACACCCGUGCACAGGAACAGCAGCCUAUAGGAGAGUGUCUCCGUUCCCUGAAUACUUCUCAACACCCCUCCCCCUCCUCCCCACUCUCUAACACACUCCCCACUGUCCCACAUUCGCUCCCUAUCACAGAUACAUGUAUUUUAUUUAGAAAAGAUUUUAUUCUUGACAUAUACAGAAAGAUGCAUUAUAAAUUGUGAAUGUGUCUCUACUAUUGACGAGGGACGCGUCUGUCUUUGUAUAUAUGUGUAAACACAUAUUUGGGUAUCAUUGUUUGCUGUGCGCGAGCGAGCAUAGAAUGUGAGAUUAUUUCAAUUUAAAUGAACAAUUUAAUAAUGUUUUAGAUCCAGGACAGGUAUAAAAGACAUUGACAAUGAGAUCUUGUGGAGGGACAUUUUGGGGAUGGAGGUUGAUAGUUCAUUGGGCUUGUCUCUGACAUGGAUCCCAGCUCUGUUCUGGCAGGUUAGGUACAGUAGUGAUGGUUCACUUGUGUACACAUUCCCCCCUACAAGUCACAGAAGAACCCUAGAGUGCGUGUGUGAGUGUACCUUAAAGGAUUGUACUCAAUGGACCGUGAGAGAUUAAAACUAACUCAUAGCUACUUCUACUGUCAAUGUUUAGUAUCCCAACACUUUUUGGAUGUCGAUUCCUCCCACAAUUUAGUGGUGCUUGUCAAUUACGUCAUAGCUUAAACAAUAAUUAUGUGAGUGUGUGGGAACGAAAGUCUGAGGGAAAGAGACUUGAAUGGACAAUGCAGUUUACUGGUUUCCUGUCUUGGGGCUGUAUUAUUUUGUACCUGUUUUUUAUGUUGGUUCUCUGGCCUUGCAUGUCAAAUGUACAGUGCGUGUCAUUCCUCCGACGGCAUCAACAGAGCGCCUGCAGCUCAGAGACUGUCCUGAAGCACUGGGCUUGACCAGCAAGGCUGCACGGAGUAAAGUUACAUGGACAAAGGCCUCAUAGUCGGGAGGACCCGGAACAGUUCGGACCCAAAAGGCCACUCUGCAGAUGGUUUUUUUAGACCCGUUCAGCCCUGACUUGACUGUAGCUGAUCAUUAACUGGACCUUCUCCGGAUGUGGGCCAGUCCACCAUCAGACAACCUAGACUUGAUUUAACCACACCCCAUCCCUGUGGCCUCUGCCUCUUUAUGGACCUGGCAAAGAAAAGCAAAAACUGAGAAAUAAUUGAAGAAGAAAAAAUUACUCAAACUGUUUUCAUUUUUUAUGGAAUAUGGAUUUCUUUUUAUCCCCCUUGUUUGUAAUUUUUUUUUCUUAGUGCUGUAGAUUUAGUUUCUCCAUGUUAUACUUUCAUUGUCCUUUACAGCUCUGUUGGUGCGUUGACAUUACAGCUGAACGGAUUCUGUAUAAAGAAAGUGGAUUUAAAUAAAUUAAGAACUGUGUAGUGAAAUAUGGAUCCUGAUGAGCUGAAUCUAAAACAUUUGUCUCCUUUAACCCCUCCCUGCUCCUUUCCCCCAUUCAGUCAGGAUUCUGCUGUAAAUAAACAUGACUCUAACUGUA